CAGACCCUUCUGAUUUUCUGCGAUUUUAGGGUUUUGUAAGCAUCGUAGUAAUGGAGAAAGAAGCCAAGGCUGCGACUGAACAUCCCAAAAUCGAUUUGUUCGAGGAUGAUGAUGAAUUCGAAGAGUUUGAGAUCAAUGAAGAAUGGGAUUACAAGGAAGAGGGGAAGGAGACGACGCAGCAGUGGGAGGAUGAUUGGGAUGAUGACGAUGUCAGUGACGACUUCUCUUUGCAGCUGAGGAGAGAAUUGGAGACCAAUGCUGAGAAGAGCUAAUCUGUAAUGUGUUCUUAUUCUGUCAAAACAUUAUAUAUAGUUAUCUUUCUAUAAGACUAAUGUACUCUUGAAGGUUAACAUUCUAUUUGUUCUUAGAAAACCUGAAAGAUUUUCUGUAUUACUACUUUUACCUUUAAGACAUACUUUAUAAAUAUGAAAGCGUUUGUGCUUUCCUUGUUUUAGCUUGGAUGAUUGCCCCUGGAAAGUGAUUAA